AUGGACGAGUGCAUGUUGAACGACCUGCUGGAGUGUUCGGUCUGCCUCGAGAGAUUGGACACCUCCAGCAAGGUUCUCCCCUGCCAGCACACCUUCUGCAAGAAGUGUCUGGAGGAGAUAGUGAGCACGCACCGCGAGCUGAGAUGUCCAGAGUGUCGAGUGCUGGUGGACGUGAAGGUGGACGACCUCCCCCCAAACGUCCUCCUGAUGAGAAUCCUGGAGGGUAUGAGGAACGCCACCCCGAAGAGUGGCAAGCCCCACACAAGGGCACUGAGCACCCCUCAGCGUCUGUUCGGUGGUCACCAGGUGACACCAGCCCCAGUCCCGACAAAUCCAUCGCCAAUAGUCCUGGCUGUCGACCCAGCACGCCACGCCAAUGCCUCAGCCAAGCAGGUACACCUGCACAAUCAGCCUUACGGUCGUGCCAUCUACGACUACAUCUCCAAAGUCCCCGGUGACUUGAGCUUCAAGAAGGGGGAAAUCGUUGUUCUGCGAAAGAAGAUAGACAACAACUGGUAUUUCGGGGAGUGUGGAGCGAAUCACGGGGUCUUUCCCCUGUCCUACGUCCAGGUGAUGACGCCCCUGCCACCGCACGUGCCCCAGUGCAAAGCCCUCUACGACUUCCGAAUGACCAACGACGAGGAGGACGGCUGCCUCACCUUCAACAAGGGAGAGGUGAUAAGUGUGAUAAGAAGAGUGGACGAGAACUGGGCUGAGGGCAAGCUUCUCGACAGAAUAGGAAUAUUUCCACUGGCCUUCGUCGAGCUGAACAGCGUAGCACGAGCCCUCAUGAAGCUCUCGACCAACGUCCAGCCGGGACCCUCUCGAGUGGCUCCACCAACUCCAACCAAUGAGGAAACAACCCCUCUGAUCCCCACGGAUCACACGAGAAACGUGCAGACACCGAGCCAGAAUAAUCCCAGUGCUCCAGUGACAGGGGCUCUGGCAGUCUCAGACUCGAGCUCAACGGUUUCCUCGGGGGGCAGCUCCACGACGACAACUCCAAACACUCCCAACAGCUCGAGCACCUCAAGCAGCUCCAGCACAGCACCCAGCAGCCCCAUCAGCCCUGCUACCUCACCACCAGCUGUUGGCAGUCGUCAUACUGCCAAAAGGCACAGUUUCACUGCUAUGAACACUGGGCAUCAUCAGCAUCCCCAUCAUAGACAUUCAGCUGAGAUCCUCAGCCCUCCACUGGAUGCCAAUGGGGGGAGCAACAGCUCAGGCGGUAACGAGGCUUUCUCGACGACAGGUAAUGCUUCUUCCGGGCCUGAACACAACAUCAGGCAUCGGCGCAGUGGUAGCAGUGACCUUGUCCUUGCUCAGCCUUCCUCGAGUCUGCCAGCCUCCAGCAGCAGUAAUCUACCAGCUGCCUACAUCGCUCUUUACCCUUACAAACCUCAGAAGGGGGACGAACUCGAGCUGCGGAAGGGGGGGAUCUACAUGGUCACCGAGAGGUGCCAGGAUGGCUGGUUCAAGGGGACUUCGAAUAGAACGCAGAAGUGCGGGGUUUUCCCGGGGAAUUAUGUGGCACCUGCCAAGUGCCAGAGGGGAAUCUGUCGGGUCACUCCCACCAGCACUCACCAGACUGCUACUCUGACCACUGUGCAGAGUGCUGGGGACACUAGGGGGACUGUCACUUAUACCAAGAGCAAGGGGGCGCAGCAGUCUUACAGCCCCAGGUCGCUUCCGCCACCUGAAUUGCCCCCCAGGGCCGUCAGUCCUUCGCCAGCGGUGUCCGCUUCUUGGCAUGGACAGGCUCAGGGGCAGAGCCCACCCAGGGCCAGUGAGCAGGGGAAUCCACUGGGGAGGAGUCACAGCGCUGUUAUGACUUCUAGUGUCGCUUCCCCAGGCAAGACGAUGCUGUCACCCCCGUCCACAGCGACCUCGCCCGCAGCCACAACCUCCUCCGACAUCAAUCGAAGUCCAUCGAACAGCUUGAGGAUCACUGGGGGCAUCACACCACCUCCAAACAUCUCUGUCGCAGCUGCGCCGACAAAGUCCAAUGAAAAAGUAAAGACCAAGGAGAAGAAGGAGAAGGGCGUAUCCCUGAUGAGGAGGCUCACGAAUAUCAAGAAAUCCAAGUCUCCACCUCCAGCCACUUACUCCAUGGACAAUCCAGUCUUCGAAGACGGAAAUUUUGUCACCUCUUUGGACACUGUUCACGUUCGUUCGGGGUCCUGUCCAAGUCAGUUGCUCCAGGUGGUACCCAACCAGGACGGAGUGUCCCCAAAUCAUCUUCGAGUGUAUCCUGGAACGGUUCAGGGGAGUGUCACAGCGUCACAAAGAGUUAAGCACAAGGAACGGCCGUCGUUGCCGAUUUCCUUUGUCCAGAGGUCUGGGGACGCUGGAUGUGCUGUUGCUGUCUCGGGGAAUCAUCAUCGAAAGAGCAAUUCACUCGAUGCGGGGAUGGGGAAGCAGAGUAAACAGCAGACAGCUACUCGUGAGAGAGAACGCGUCAACCGUUUUCGGUGUAUUGUCCCGUACCCCCCAAACAGUGAAUUCGAGCUGGAAUUGCGUGUCGGUGAUAUAAUAUAUGUCCACAAAAAGCGUGACGACGGAUGGUACAAAGGGACCCAACAGCGUACAGGACGUACUGGUCUCUUCCCAGCGAGUUUUGUCGAGGCUUUCUGAGACACGACAAAUGGUCGUCUCGUUCUAGAGACUUGCAUAUGAAGAGAAGUCGUAGAAGGGACAGCCCACAGAAACAGUAAAAUGAAAAUGACAUUCGAUAUAAUUAAAUUGAGUGAGUAGUCUAUUGACUGAGUCAAGUGCCGAAAGUAUAGUAGGGGAAUUGAUAACUGCCAUGGCUGAAGAAUGAACAAAUUAUAGUAAAGUAGGCAUUCACUCGUAUGCCGAAUUUGUGUGCAAUUUUCAUUACUGCCAAUGGUGGUAAUUAGGGUGGAAUUAUCAUGGAUCUGAGGUUUGAUCGAUCUUCUUUUUACGCUCAGACUCGAUGAGUAUCAAUUAUAGUAGAAUCGAGUCAUGUGGUGACACGUCUUUUUAACUAAGCGACAUUUCAACUGGUCAAUUUUAACUACGACAUAUCAACUGUUUUUUUUGUUCUCAAUUACUACAUUUUCAAGAAUUUGCCAAAAUUUCUCAAUUUUCAUUUCUGUUUUUAUUUUUUACGUUCUAAUAAACAACGUAAUCGAGCUCAAUUUAACCACUCAACUGCCACGUCAUUAAUUAAUAUCACGCAAAGAUUCAAUUUUUUUCCUACUAACAAUUGUAGGCGAUCCAUAAUUUAAUAUUAAUAAUUUAUUUAGCAAUUUAUUUUUGAAAAUUUGAUCUCAAUUUGCUACCUGUCUUUUUUACUGAAUCUGUGCAAAUUUUUUGGUAAGUAAACUGUUCGCCUACCAAUAAUUUGGCUCCUCUGGAGCUCUCUAUAAAUGUCAGAGGCAUUGUGUGAACAAUUUACUGUUUUUCGAGUGACUGAAUUAAUUUAAUUUAAUUUCGUGUGGAUUUUCCUGUGGAUGACGUAAUUGUUUAUGCGAAUUUGUAAACACACGAAUAUUUUGCUUGAUGGUUGACGUUUUAAGAAAUUUCGGGAUAGAUUUUCUACGAAUAUCAUCUGUCUGUUCUUUAUUUCAACUUUAGCAGUUGAAAUAUUAUUAGUUGAAAUGUCGCCUAGUUGAUAAAACAUGGAUUCGUUUUAUGUUUAAUCAGUAAUCAUUAGGGAAAAUUGUGUCUUUGUCUUGUGGUUAUCAUUGGGAAUUUAUAAGACUAACUUGAUUGAGACUUAUGAAAAUGCCAUUUUUUGUACAGUUGUAUUCAGGCACUUGUGUAUUGCAUGAACAUUGCCGAGUUCUUAGUCUUUUUUAUUGAUUUUUCUGUGAAUUUUCUUCAUUAAAAUUGUUAGAGAUGACUGAUUAUGAGAGGGAAAAUUCGAAGGAAGUUUUUUUAUUUCAAAAUUUUAUGUAUGAAAAGUGCUCAUUUACAGAAUUAUUUAGCAACUAAAUACAUUCGUCUCGUGGAAAUGUUAUUUUAACGGUUUCCAGGGGUUUUACAUCUUUUUUACUAUUUUUAUCGCUGUCCAUUAGCUUUCACGUGGUUUUUAGCCAUUUUUCGAUAAUUGUUUUUACAUUUUUAUUUCGUCAAUUUAUUCGUUUUAGGAUUUUUAAUGGGUUUUUAGAGCAUCAUUGGUGAAAUACCGCUGUCUCUUGUGUUCAAUGCACGAACAGUAUUCGGUUCCUUUAUUAUUUACUUACAGAAUGACAGAUUAAAGCUGUAAUCGUCCUCGUCACGAACACUCAAUUUGACAAUGCACAUAUUAACGAUAAAGCAUAUCCUGUAGCUGAAAUACUCUUGAAUGAAUCAAGUGGAUACUGAUUAUUUGAAUGGAAACGUGACAACGUACUUAGACUGUAAAUUCACUCAACUAAUUUUAUUUAUUUGUUUUAUAUGGAAUAUACUGUGUAGCCAAAACAAUAGCGGAAGGAAAUAUAUAAUAUACAUAGAUUGUAUUAUUGAAUAGUUGCAUUGAUUACUAUAGUUUUUGGUAACGAUUCAAUUGUACCUAAACGCUUCCCUCGCGAGUCGCAACUCCAUCGUACAGUCAUCAAUUUUCCAAAUACUCUUGCUCUUAAAGAAUGAACAUUUAGGUAGAAUAAAUUUAAAAAAAAAUUUAACGAUUAAUUAAUCCGUUAUUUUGGACAUAAAUUGAAUAUUGAGGGAUGGAAAAUGAAAAUGUGUCAUAAUCGAGACUCCGCGAGUGUUCAAGGCUUCUGUCGGAUAGGGUAACGUCUGUACUGCGUUUAGAUAGGAAAAUGUAUUGAUUGAUUAAUCACGCAUAAUUCGAGAGUUCGUAAUUGAUAAAAAAUGUAAAUGAGUAUUUGUAAGUGAGAUGGGAAAAUUGAGUGGAAUGGAAUUUUUUGUGUUCAGGUACGUUUUCUGGAUUCAAUUCAACAAUUAUAAUCGAAGAGUUGAGAUUGAGGGGGCGAAGGGGUGAUGGAAAUCUACUGGAGUCGGGGGAAAUCUGGGUCAUGAAUUCUCCAAGUAUUUUCCACUUUCAAUCUCUCUCGUUUAAUCUCAAAAAAAAUUUCAACUUGUCUCAAAUUUUUUAAUCCCCUUUUGACGGAGAAUUCAUAACGCAGUUUUCCCCCGCCUCAGUAUUUUUUUCACACCCAAGGCCCCUCAACAAUGACAUUUUAAUCUUCAGCACGAAUUUAAUAACGCACAAGCACAAUGUCAGAAUAUUUUCGCUGACUUUUUUCGAAAAAUAAUACUUCACUACUUUAAGAUUGAACAAAAACUAAUGAAUAAAAAUCAUUGACACAAACUAUUGGUAGGUAAAUUCUUCGAUUAUUUUUGGAUGUUACCGCAAAAUGGCCGUCGUACACCCCCUCCCAAAAUGAAGAUAAUAUUUAUACACCCAUUUUGUAUGACUGUAGAUCAGUAAGUCACAUUUUAUGAUAAAAUAGGUGGUAAAGGAGAUUAAUAUUGUACCAUAUAAGCACAAACAGAAUAAUUGACAUUAUCGUCUUGGACGAGUUUUACGAGCUUCAUCCCACCCACAACGAUGGGCUCACUGAGCAAUUUUUAAUUUAUCGAUUGAGUAAUAAUGACGUCCAAAUUAUUUAUUGUAGCGAAGUAGUGGGUUUAUGGAGGUAGACGAGGAAACCAAACUGUAACGCAAUUUUAAUGGUUCAAAUUAUCUACGUUUUAUUAACUGUGGGCAAAGGAAUUCAGAGACAUUUAUUCUGCGGGAUGCAGAGGUGGGAGAAGAUUUAUUCAGUAGAGAAUGGCGAGACAAGUUUUUGAGAAUUUUUUGAGGGUUUUUUUUUUGUGAAAAAAUUUUAAUAUUUACAAUUGCGAUUUUGGAAUGUUUUUUCAUUGCUGAAUAUGAAAAUUGGGCGAAAAAUACUGGACAGGAUUUUAUUUAAUCUCAAAACCUUUGAAGGCUCAUUUUUUCAUUUUGAUGAAUUAAAAUAAAUAACUAAUGGUAUUGGUUUUUCGUAAUUGAUUUUGUAGUAAUAAUAGAGCUACAAAAAAGGUUUUAACAUAAAAAAAAUACAAACGCCCUGAGAUAUUCAUUCGAAGAAAAAAAUACUUCUCUUGAAAUUUUCUACUGAAUUUUAAAAAUAGCAAAUGUUUUCACGUACUCAUCCGGUACCCACCGAAACAAUUGUUGAAAUGAUAACAAACGAACGCCGAUCAGCUAGUAGUACUUCCAAACAUAAAAAACUUGACGAUGAAACAAAUUCCUACGUAACAAAGAACGAAAGAAGGAAAAGCGGAAUCUCUUGAUGUUGUGCCCAUGCGUAAUUUACACACGUAGCAUUCUCUAAUAUAUUUCAUUAAUCGAAGGAACAAGAAAAUGUAAUAAAGGUGGAGAGAAUAUGAGUGAA